GGCAAAAUUGUAUACAAAAAUGUCCAUGUUAGUUACAAUUUGCAUGAAAAUGCUGAUUAACGUUCAUGAGGAUUUAAAAAAAUUACAAACUGAUGUGGAAGAACUAAACUUAAGGCUGGAAAAAUGAGACACUGAGAGAAACCAAAACUGACAUAUUUGCCCAUCCCUAGCCUUCUAGUAAAGGAGUUGGACCUUCUUGGUGUCCAGGGACAUGGGAUGCCUUAUACACAGGGAGAAACAGUUUCUCUAUCCUCCUAACCUUACUCUCUUGCAAAUGUACUACGCAGGAGCUGGUAUGAAUCCUGCCCAAUCCUUUGCCCCUGCUGUCAUCACCCGCAACUUCACCAACCACUGGGUGUUUGGGGUUGGACCAAUUGGUGGUGGUGUGAUGGGCAGCUUCUUGUAUGACUUCAUCCUCUUCCCCCGGAUUGCCCUGUCAGAGCGCUUGUCUGUCCUCAAAGGUGACUGGCCAGCUGAAACUAGUGCACCCCCAGAGCCUCCAAAGGGACAGUUUGUUAUCCGGUCUCUUUCAAUCAAAUCGGGCAAUAGAAUAGGGAGAACAGGUGGGGUGGGGAGUGAAGGGGAAAUAUGUCACUGCCUGGUUUUUAAACAAUUUCUUUUUGCAGUCAGAAAUCUUGGAAAUGGAUUUAUGGAAAAGGUGUAGGACAAUUCCCUGUGUGUGU